CCACUCGAUUCUUGGACUUUCUCCCUAAACCAGGGAUAAGAUCGCACUAUUUGUUUUUGUUGGCUUGCUAGAUUGCCCGGUAGAUACACCCAUUCUAGUACCAUUAAUAGAUCUUCGCCAUUGCCUGAGGCGGAGGGAGAGCCAAGAAAUGCUUUAGGGUUACUUAGGGGAGGAGGGGGAGUGUGCCGAUGGCUGACGAGCAAUUGGCGCCGCCGGUGGUGGUGGCGAUGAAGGGCCACCCGGGGUCCGGCAAGUCCACGGCGGCGCGGGCCAUCGCCGCCGCGCUCCGCUGCCCGCUCCUGGAUAAGGACGAUGUCAGGGACUGCACGCUAGCCCUCGAGACCGUGGCUGCCUCCGGCGCGCUCAACGAGCUCUCCUACGCUGUGCUGUGGCGUGUGGCUGAGCGGCAGGUCCAGCUUGGCCUGUCUGUUGUCAUCGACUCCCCGCUGUCACACCGUGCCCACCUUGACGCCUUGACACGCCUACCCGGUGCGGUUGUGGUCAUUGUGGAAUGCCACCCUGGUGAUAAGGAGGAGUGGCGUCGGAGGCUGGAGAAGCGGGGGGCAGCAGUUGCCAAUGGUGGUGGCGGUGAUGGAUGGCAUAAGCCGAAGACGUGGGCGGAUCUGCAAAGGCUUGUGGAAGGGUACCAAGGUUGCACGGAUUAUGAAAUUGGCGAUGUGCCGAGGAUCGUGGUGGACACAACUGAUCCGACAGUUGAUGCGGAGGCCAUUGCUGCAAAGGUUGUGGGUUUCAUUAGGUCUCAUCUUGCUUGUGGGCAAUAGUUUUGCUGACCCUUUGAUGUUGCCAACCAUUUUGUGUGAGAAAGUAUUCACCUGUUUGCUAUUACAAGCAAAAUGUACAGUGAGUCAGUGAGUUAGGCAUUAGAUCGAUUUUCAUAGCAAAAUGCUGAUAUGUUGUACUGUAAGAGUGUGUUCGAAGUUCUUCUGGUUUCAUUUUUAUUCUUCUUGGCCCAUCUUCCAUUGUACAGAUCAUUUAAAGUUGCAUCAAUUUGUAGGAGUUGGGGUUGGAGGAGAUGCGUUUCUGAAA